AUGACGAAGAGCGCCGUCCGGCUGCUUUGCAGCGAGCUUGCCCACUUGCUGGAGCCGCCGACCGCGGGGGGCCUGAGCGUUGAGGACCAAGUCCUCUGUACCCUCAGGUUCUUUGCAACUGGCAGCUUCCAGUCGUCAGUCGGCAGUGAGGCGGCCAUCGACACGUCCCAGCCGUCUGUAAGCCGCUGCAUUGCAAAAGUCGCGCGGGCCAUUGUUCAGGUUGGAAAGGAGCAAGGAUGGGUGGCCUUCCCACGCACCGCCAGCGAGCGAGCUGCAAUUAAGCAAGGGUUCUUGCAGCGCGGCAGGCUCGGCGGCGUGAUUGGGUGCGUGGGUGGCACGUUCAUCGCCAUCGUCGCCCCGAACCUGCCUCCUGCGCAGAAGGCAACGUAUUGGUGCCGGAAGGGCUAUUACGCCCUGAAUGCAAUGGUGGUGUGUGACUCGGACUUGAGGGUCCUUCACGUUGACCCGCGAUUCGCUGGGUCGUGCCACGACGCGCACGUGUGGCGGUACGCGUCGCUUCGUCGGCGCAUUGCCAGCGGCCGCACUGCCGUCCAAGACGGGGAGUACCUUCUCGGCGACAGUGCGUACCCCCUGGAGCCGUGGCUCCUCACAUCUGCGCCCGGCCACCCUGCCCCGCACACACCGGAAGGGCGCUACAACGCCGCGCACACUUCCUCAAGGUCAGCGGUGGAGCGCUGCAUCGGCGUCAUGAAGAGCCGAUUCCGAUGUCUGCAGCGGCACCGCGCCUUGCAUUACGGCCCCAAAAAGGCAGCUACGAUUGUGGCAGUCUGUGCGGCGCUGCACAAUCUGUGCAUUGACGAAAAUGUGCCGCAUACGGGCCGCGCGUACUCUGACGGAGACGACGACGGCGACCGUCCGCACGCCUCAAGCAGCUCAGCAACGCAGGCUCCGUCGAUGGCGGGCCACCACACGAAAGUACGGGCCAACGACUUCAUUGCUGACAUUCCCUGGUGCGCCUCGUGCAGGAAUUGCAGCGUGUCACCACGAGCAGCCUCGGGAAUCACGACUCUGUGA